GUGGAGGAACUGGUAAUAAUCCUACUAGAGGAGGUUCGAAUACUGAAGGAACUAAUCCUACAGGUAGAACUAGUAAUAAUAAUCCAACUGGCAAUUCUGGAUCUGGUUUAACUCAAAAACAAAAAUUAGCUUUGGAUGAAAUAUUCAAAAAUCUCUAA